AUGUCGACGCUUGUGCUGGAUGGACAACGGACUUCUGGACGGGACGUUCGCACACAGAAUGUAAACGCUUGCCAGGCAGUGGCGAACGUUAUAAAAUCGUCGCUGGGCCCAGUCGGCCUCGAUAAGAUGCUCGUCAGCGAGAUCGGUGACGUUACGGUGACGAAUGACGGCGCAACGAUUUUGAGCCUACUUGAAGUGAAGCAUCCUGCUGCAAAGGUACUUGUCGAUCUCGCCAAGCAGCAAGAUGAGGAGGUUGGUGACGGAACGACGACUGUCGUCGUGCUUGCUGCAGAGCUUCUGAAGCGAGGUAACGAACUCGUGAAAGCGGGUGUGCACCCGACUUCAAUCAUAGCCGGAUACAAGCUCGCUGUGCGUGAAGCUUGCCGGUACAUACGUGAUCGGCUCGCUGUCCCGGUAGAUCGUCUCGGAAGAGAGUGUCUUGUGAACGCUGCGAAGACCUCGCUCCAGAGCAAGGUACUCGGCGGCGAGGUCAUUGAGCACUUUGCUGGACUGGCAGUCGAUGCCGUCAUGGCGGUGAAAACCCGACGCGACGACGGCGCGAACGCACAUCGCUACCCGAUCCAGUCCAUCAAUAUUUUGAAGAGCCACGGGCGCGGUGUUCGCGAGUCGACGCUACUCGGUGGGUACGGAUUGAAUCUGACGAGAGCCUCGCGCCUCAUGCCGGAGCGCGUCACCAACGCCCGCAUUGCAUGUCUUGAUGUUGAUUUGCGUCGCGCAAAGCUACAAAUGGGAAUUCAGAUUCAGAGCGUGGAUCCGGCGGAGAUCGAGAAGAUGCAGCAGAAAGAGCUGGACAUUACACGGGAUCGCAUCAACAUGAUACUGAAAGCGGGCGCGAACGUGAUUUUGACCACCAAAGGCAUUGAUGACGCUGCCCUGAAAUAUAUCAGCGAUGCGGGUGCGCUUGCCAUUCGACGAGUCGCGCCUGCAGAUUUGAAGCGCAUUGCAAAGUGCACGGGUGCAACGAUCCAAACCGCCUUUGCGGAUCUGACUGGCGAGGAGAGCUUCGACACCUCAGCACUGGGCCAAGCACAGGAAGUUGUCGAGGAAGUAGUCGCGGAUUCGGCCUUCACCUUCAUCCGCGGCUGCCGCGACUUCAAAGCCGCAACCAUACUCCUUCGAGGACCAAAUGAGUUUAUGUUGGAUGAAAUGGAGCGAUCCAUACAUGAUGCGCUCUCAGCGGUUAGGCGAACGCUCGAAUCGAACAUGGUUGUUGCGGGCGGUGGUGCGACGGAAGCAGCGGUUUCCACUUUCCUCGAGAGUUUUGCUGCUGCGCUAGGAUCGAAAGAACAGUUAGCCGUCGCUGAAUUUUCCGAUGCGCUCCUGGUGAUUCCCAAGACGCUGGCGGUCAACGCAGCACUGGAUGCGACAGACCUGGUCGCCAAGCUCCGAGCGGCACACUUUGCCGCUUUCGCCAGCAACGAAGGCACGCCUGCCAUCAACGAUACUGCGUCACGAGAUAACGCUCCAGUAGCAAAUGGUGUCCCUAGCACCGACGCCAUUCAGCGGAACGAGCUCAAGUUCUGCGGACUCGACCUCAUCAAAGGCCGUGUACGCAACAGCUUUACCGCAGGUGUACUCGAGCCUGCCAUGAGCAAAAUCAAGUCCCUGCAGUUCGCAACGGAGGCAGCCAUCACGAUUCUGCGCAUUGAUGAUUCCAUCAAGAUCACCGAAGCCACAGAACCCGAAGAGCCUUCCUACUGA